AUCUAUUAACUUUGUGUCUGCUCCACAUAAUUCUCUUCACUUUUCAAUCUAAGCUCCUUCAGGCGCCCGUAGGAGAGCAAUGUCUGGAGCAGAGCAAAGCCACAGAUGGAGCCUUAAGGGCAAGACCGCACUUGUAACUGGUGGAACCAAAGGGAUCGGGCAUGGUGUAGUAGAGGAACUUGCAGGAUUCGGGGCAGUGAUACACACUUGUGCUAGAGAUGAAUCUCAGCUUAAUGAGUGUUUGAGCAAAUGGAAAAAGAAAGGUUUUCAAGUCACUGGUUCAGUCUGUGACCUAACUUUGAGAAUAGAGAGAGAGGACCUAAUGCAGACUGUGUCUUCAAUGUUUGGUGGCAAGCUCGACAUACUCAUAAACAACGUGGGCUCGAUUCGGGCAAAGCCGACGGUAGAUUUUACAGCAGAGGAUUUCUCGUUUCAUAUUUCGACCAACUUAGAAUCUGCUUACCAUCUGGGCCAGCUUGCGCAUCCUCUGCUUAAGACUUCAGGAAGUGGGAACAUUGUGUUCAUGUCUUCUGUUGCUGGAGUUUUAUCGUUUACUGUUAGCUCCAUCUACUCUGCAACAAAAGGUAAUAUAGAAGAAAACAAAAACACCUCUCUGUUUGAGACUUUUAAUAGAGGUUUCUUUUUCUUUUUUUUCUUACAAUUAGUUUUCACAUGUAAAUGCAAAGGCACUUGAAACAAU